GUCCCCGGGGCGGCACUUGCUCGCUCUCUCCUCGGCUCCGGGAUGAUCGGCCAAAAGACUCUCUACUCCUUUUUCUCCCCGAGCCCUGCUGGGAAGCGACGUGCACACAGCCCCGAGCCGGCCGACCCGGGGACCAGCAUAGCGGCUGCAGCUAUAGCUGAGGAGAACCGGGAUGUGGCGGCCAGCCCCGCUAAGAAGGCCCGGGCCGAGCAGGACGGACCGGGCACGCCGCCGUCAUCGCCGCUGAGCCCGGAACAGCUGGUGCGGAUCCAGAGAAACAAGGCCGCCGCCCUGCUCAGGCUCGCUGCCCGCAACGUGCCCGUGGGCUUUGGGGAGAGCUGGAAGCAGCAGCUCAGCGGGGAGUUUGGGAAACCGUAUUUUAUAAAGCUAAUGGGAUUUGUUUCAGAAGAAAGAAAACAUUACACUGUUUAUCCACCCCCACACCAAGUCUUCACAUGGACCCAGAUGUGUGAUGUAAAAGAUGUGAAGGUUGUCAUCCUGGGACAGGAUCCAUAUCAUGGACCUAACCAAGCUCAUGGGCUCUGCUUUAGUGUUCAAAGACCUGUGCCACCUCCACCCAGUUUGGAAAACAUUUAUAAAGAGCUGUCUACAGAUAUAGAUGGUUUUGUUCAUCCUGGUCAUGGAGAUCUGUCUGGGUGGGCCAAACAAGGUGUUCUCCUACUCAACGCUGUCCUCACUGUUCGAGCACAUCAAGCCAAUUCUCACAAAGAAAGAGGCUGGGAGCAGUUUACCGAUGCAGUUGUGUCUUGGCUAAAUCAGAACUCGAAUGGCCUUGUCUUCUUACUCUGGGGCUCUUACGCGCAGAAGAAAGGCAGUGCCAUUGAUAGGAAGCGGCACCACGUGUUACAGACUGCCCAUCCUUCUCCGUUGUCAGUGUAUCGAGGGUUCUUUGGAUGUAGGCAUUUUUCUAAAACCAAUGAGCUGCUGCAGAAGUCUGGCAAGAAGCCCAUCAACUGGAAGGAUCUGUGA